AUGGGUUGCUGCAACUCAAAGCUGCCGCCGCAGACCGCCUGCUAUCAUGACGGGUCGAAUGAAACGCCUGAGACCGAAACGAGCGAAGUGAUGAGCUCAGACGACGAGGCUGAUGGAAGCCAGCUCGUGCUGACGCUGCUGAGCGCGUCCAACAUGCCGCGCCUGGACCUCUUCUCGGCGAGCGACAUUUACGCCGUCGCCUUCUUGCAGGUCGACGGCGAGCCGCGGCCGCCACGCGUUACCUGGCCAGUCAAGGCCGACGCCACGAAUCCCGUUUGGAACUCGAGCCGCCUGCUCGGGUGUGCGGAGGAGGGCGCGGUGGUGGUGGUGGACUUUUAUGACCACGACGAGAGCGCCGCAUACGACGUCACCAAGCUGAGCGGCUCGCGGCCCGACUUUAUCGGCCGCGCUGUCCUCCCAGUCGCAGAUCUGCCGGUCGGCGGCGGCUCCGUGGAGGCCCUGCUCGAGCUGCCGCGCCGCUCGCUCUCCCUGUCGUCGUUGCGCCGCGCCUUGCAGCCCCCGGGACACCCGCCCGCCUGCACCCUCGCUCGCGUCGCGCCGAGCAUGCUGCGGGGCCCGCGCCGCAAGGUGGUCUACUUGAUACGGCACGGCGAGUCGCUAUGGAACGAGGCACAGGCCGACAAGGACGUCUACGGCAUGCUCUCAGACACCUGCCUGAUUGGGCUGGCGCCGCUACUGGCCGGUGAGGUCCCGCGCGUGCGCGUGGUCACCCUCGACCCGAACUUGCGUGAGAAGAGGAACGCGAUGGGCAAGGACUCGUCUGGCAAGUGGGUCGGCGGCAAGCUGCAGGCCGGCGUCCGCACCACCCUCCGCGCCCUCUACGACGACGCGCCGGAGCGCGCGGCGCCGCUCUGCGAGGCGCGCGCCUCGAGGGAUGCCGAGAUAUAG